AUGAAUUUAGAGCUAGCUCAACUAGAUGUAAAAACCGCAUUUCUUUAUAGUCGUUUGAACGAGGAAAUCUUCAUGUCUCAACCCGAUGGAUUCAAAGUUGCAAAUGUUACGAAAAUGCAAGUUAAAAAACCUAAAUCUUUAUUGGGAUUGAAGGGGCCAAAGUUGGAGAAGGUAGAACUCACUGUGGCGUACAGACAAGAUAAUGUCGGGGACCUAGAGGAACACAUUACCGAGCUUGAGAUGGAGAAAGACGAGCUCCGAGAAGGAAUGCAAGGUGCCCUGAACGAAGGCUUGUUCAAAUGUCAAGAGCAAACUCAGAUCGUGGAGCAGACCCUCCUUGGUGAAAUCAAUACCUUGACCGAGAAACUCGAGGUAAUGUCAUCUAAAUUACAAGCCACCGAAGAGAAUGUGGCAUUACUCAAGAAGGCGGUUACGCAAGAGUGCGGACGUGCGCCUGUAGGAGUCCCCAAUCGGAUAAGGAUAGACGUUCCAAGACCUAAAGCGUAUUUAGGCGAGAGGAAUGCGAAAGAGAUCGACAACUUCUUAUAG